CCCGGACCGUGGGGAGUACCUCCAGUCGGUGCACGUCAGCACCUCCUCCACCCCGGAGAGCUCCACCACCGCCGGCGUCCCCGGCCCCCGGGAGGAGCAGGAGCAGGGGGGGGGCGGGGAGGGGGGGGGCUGCACGGAGGCAGCCGUGGAGAUGGAGGUGGAGCAGCAGCAGCAGGAGGAGGAGGAGGUGGAGGUGUCGAGGAGCCACCAGGGCACCGGCUCCGAGGAGAGCGAGACGGCGCCGAACGGCAGCAGCCCCCCCCCCCCUCCGGCCGCCCCCGCCGCCCCCGGCCUGACCCGCCUGGGGCUGACCGGCCCGCUCCUCACCAAGCACGCCGGCUCCAAGGGGAAGCCGGGGAGCCACGAGCCCAGCCUGCACAAGCCCAACCUGAACAUCGCCCGGCGCGUGCGCAACGUGAGCGAGUCGCGGAGGGGCGACGCGGAGAAGGAGUCGGGGCUGAAGCCCACCGUCCGCCAGCUCAUCAGCUCCUCGGGGUCCCGCCGCAACGUCAACUGGGAGCAGGUGUACCAGGAGGUGCGGAAGAAGCAGGGCCAGGGCAAGGGGUGGCCCAGGUUCGGCAUCGAGAUGGUGUCCUACGACCGCGAGGAGCCCCCCCACGAGGAGGACCCCGACAUGGCCCUGCUCGAGGGCUUCCAGUGGGACUCCCUGCUGGACUCCGCCCACGCUGUGGCCCCGCGCAAGCGCAGCCUAUCAGAGAGCAGCCUGGCCCCCGGACGCCCCGCCCCCUCCCUCGACCUGUUCUCCUGCCACGUCCCCGGGGACCGGCCGGAUGGGGGGGGGGAGGAGGAGGAUGAGGAGGAGGAGGAGGAGCAGCAGGGGGGCCCGCCCCCUCAGACCCGCCCCCCCGCCCCGGAGGAGCAGGAAGAGGCGGAGCACAAGGUGUUCCCCAGCCAGGGGGCGGAGCCGGCGAGCGGGGCCGACGGGGGGCCUGCUGCGGGGAGGGCCCCUGAAGUGGGGGCCCGGAGGCCCUCGGAGGGGGUCAAGAAGGGCCGGGGGAGGGUCCUCCAGAGGGCGGAGUCAGAGGUGGAGGUCGGCGGCCUGGGGGCGGAGCUUCUGGACGCCCAGGCCAUGGGGAAGAAGAGGAGAGCGGCCGGGGAUAUUCCAAGCCAAGAGAUCCACAGUUUGAAGAAGAACAAAAGGAUGAAGAUCAAAUCCAAGAAGGAGCGCUUCCUGGUGGACCAGCUGCUGACCGUGUCCCAGAAGGAGGAGGAGCUCAGCCUGUCGCUGCAGGCCCUGGACAACGGCCUCCUCCAGGCCCGAGCCACCCUGCAGGCCGCCUACAUGGAUGUGCAGCGCAUCAUGGUGCAGAAGCAGCAGGUGGCGACAGAGAUGGGUAACCUGAGGAACCAACGCAUCGAGCUCCUGAAGGGCAUGAAAGGGGGCUUCGAAGACCCAGCGUCCCUGACCCAGGUGAAGCAGGAGCAUGGAGAGUUUGACCCCUCCAUGGCGCCCCCACCCUCCGGCGCUACCGCCGUGGCUACCGACGUGGCUACCGACGUUAGCAUCCCCAGUGUCCACCUCUUCCCGCCCAGCCAGCCGGCCCCGCCGCCCGCCUCCUCCUCGCCCCCGGCCCGCCCCAGCACGCCCCCAGCCCCCGCCGUGGUGAAGCAGGAGCCCUUGUCCCCGGACUGGGAGUCCAAAGAGAUCCAGGUCACCCUCGUCCGAAGCUGCACGCCAGAGACACCGGCUACGCUAACCAACCCCCUCCCAGACCCAGUGAAGCUCCAGUGGUCUCCUGACCGGGGCCCCGUGGCCGACCAGACCCACACCCCGCCCCCUAUGGGCCACGGCUCCCCCGCCCACUGCCAGGACGACCUCCCCGCCGCCGGGGGCCCCAUGCUGGACCGCGCCGUCCAGGUCGACCGGGAGAGCUCCCCGCUGGACAGCAAGCUCCACCUGGCCCCCCGACGGACCUCGGACCCCGGGAACCACGGCAACGCCUCCGUCAAGUCCGAGGAGAGCGGCCCGACCCCGGCGCUACACCUCCCCCUCCCCCCACCCGCCCUGCCGCUGUCCACGGAGAUGUGGGGGAAGCGCGUCAGGAAGCUGAGGAAGAGGCGGGUCCUGAACAAGACGCAGGGGGCGGAGCCGGCGGGCGCCACCAGCGACACGGAGGCGGACGAGGACGCCGCCGCCGCCAAGCCCAGGAGGCUUCCCCCGCGGCGGAGAUCCAGCGCCGGGUCCACGGUCAGCACCUCCACGCCCCCCACCGCCCCGGAGGACGGGGAGCCCCUGGAGGAGGAGGAGGAGAGGGAGAGGGAGAGGGUGACCCCCACCAGGGAGGAGGAGUUUGACUCGGCCCUGGAGAUGGGGGAGUCGUGCGCCGACGUGGUGAACCUCGAGUCGUCGGAGCUGGAGGAGUGCAUGGAGGUGACCAUGGCCUGCCAGCAGCCCCAGGUCCCGGGUCCAGGUCUGGGUCUGGGACUGGGGCUGGGUUUAGGCCCGGCUCCGGACUCGUCCAGGGCGGAGUUCUUCAACCUGGCCUGCAACGAGGUCAGCUCGACCAGCGACAUGGACACGUCGCCCGCGGUCCGGCCGUACCCCAGUGCUGGCCAGAUGCCCCCUCCCCCCACCAAGGCCAUCAAGACCAAGAUGUCCUCAGACGUGUCGUCGGACCCCGGCGAGGAGGAGGCCCCUACAGAGGGGGUGUUCGAGGGCCACCAGGAGGCGGUCAACGGGCUGCAGAUCCACAAGGGCCUGCUGUACACGUGCUCUGGGGACCGCACCGUCAAGGCCUUCGACCUGGUGAGCCAUGAGUGUGUGGCGGUGUUUGAGGGCCACAGCUCCAAGGUGAACUGUGUGCUGGUGUCGGCCACGGUGGGGCUCACCCACCGCCUCUACUCGGGCUCCAGUGACCAGACCGUCCGCUGCUACAGCCUCCGGACGGGGGUCCUGGAGCAGCAGUUCUCCCUCUCUGACCGCGUCCUCUGUCUGCACAGCCGCUGGAAGGUUCUGUACGCCGGCCUGGCCAACGGGACGGUGGCCACCUUCAACCUCAAGACCAACCGGCCCAUGGAGGUGUUUGAGUGCCACGGGCCCCGGGCCGUCAGCUGUCUGUCCUCGGCCCAGGAGGGGGCCCGCAAGGUGCUGCUGGUGGGCUCCUACGACAGCACGGUCAGCGUACGCGAUGCCCGCAACGGCCUGCUGCUGCGCACCCUGGGGGGACACACCAAGACGGUGCUCUGCAUGAAGGUGGUGAAUGACCUGGUGUUCAGCGGCUCCAGCGAUCAGUCCGUGCACGCGCACAACAUCCAUACUGGGGAGCUGGUGAGGAUCUAUAGAGGGCACAGCCAUGCGGUGACGAUGGUGGCCAUCCUGGGGAAGGUGAUGCUGACGGCCAGCCUGGACAAACUGGUCAGGGUCUACGAGCUGCAGUCACAUGAUCGCCUGCAGGUCUAUGGAGGACACAAGGACAUGGUGAUGUGUAUGACCGUUUACAAGAGCAUGAUCUACACAGGGUGCUAUGACGGCAGUGUUCAGGCCGUCAAACUGAACCUCCUGCAGAACUUCCGCUGCAUGUGGCACGGCUGCUCUCUGGUCUUCGGCGUGCGGGAGCACCUGGAGCAGCACCUGGCUGACGCCCACGCCAACCACUGCUUCCAGACCCUCAAGUGCCGCUGGAGGAGCUGCGACGAGUUCUUCUGCUCGCGCAACGGCUCCAAACAGGGAAUUGCGGCACACAUGCAGAAACACGUCGAGGACUUGGUCAAGUCCGACACAUGAGUUCCCCCACGCCCCUGGUCGCUAGGCGUGGCCCCCUAGAUACCUCCCAUAUUGGGGGGAGGGACUGGUCGUUGGUCUCCCCCCUCCACCGAGGCUGAGUUGGUCCAGUCCAUCCAAAAUGUCUGCCGUUGGAAUCCAACAGAAGGAAGUCCUCGGUUUCCGUUUUCUAUCGCUAUUUUCCGAUGUGUUAACUUUUACCUUUCUCUCUCUCUGUCUCUCUGUCUCUCUGAUUCCCUCUGACCUCCUGAACCCUGACGAUCCUUUCUCUUCCUCACUGACCAAAUAAGACAAGGAAACACUAGGCUUUUUUCCCUCAAAGUGAAGAAACGCGGGUAGUGUCUGUGUGUGGAGGUGGAGGAAGGGUGGUGGUCACUCGGCUCCGGGGAAUAACUGCCAAAACAGGAACAGCACCUUUUUUCGGUUUUUAACAAAACAUGGGUUUGCUUCCCGAUGGCAUGGGUCAACAGAUGGUUUUAUUGUUUGUGUGGAGAGUGCAGUUGUGACUUGUGAACCUGAGCAACAUUAAGUUCCAUUGUUAUUUAUUUAUUUCUGCCUUUUAGUCUGAAGAACACUUUCCCAGGUUAGCAAAGUUAGCGUUGGAAGUGCCCGGAAGAUUUCAGUCAGGUUUUUCUACGGAGAGCUUAUCUCCUUGGCCGGUUUUAAUUGCGUUUACGUUUAUCAUGUCCAAGAUGCUAGUUGAAAUCUUAACUUUAAUUUCGAUGAUUUUUUUUGCGCUAACGUUUCAGCGUUUUGUGUUCGUAAGCCGUUUUUGGCGUUAAGGACUCUGUGUUGCGAGACGGUACCAUAAUGGUAAAGGGACGUUGUUGAGCCUGGAACGGAAAAAUGCCAAUUUAAUGUUAAACGUUUGCCGUGUUUGAAUGUGGAGAUGUGUGUCGGGUGUGCGUUCUACCUACCUUUUGUGUGUGUGUUUGAUUGCGUAUCGGUUAUUUUUUAAGCUCUUGCACAAGAGUGAUUUUCUUUGAUUCUGAAUGAGUGAUUUUAUAUUGACGUGGUUUCCUUCACUGAACUCUGUUAUUUCACGAUGACGGAGCAUCGAGCAGAAUUCACGGGAGCCGUCUCUCCCCCCCCCCCCCCACUCCUCGCCCCUCCCCAGCGUGAAGGUUUUGUAGUUUUAAUUAUUUUCUUAAAGGAGGCAUUCGUGUGGAGGUGAAGGGAUGGAUUGAAGGAGGUGAUUAAAGAGGAAAAAGCGAUUAGAAAGACAGAUUUAAGAUUCAUCUACCAUGCCAUACCUCACCCCUCUAAAAUGUAACCAACCGCCAUUUUCAGACCGCCCCCAACCGCGGGCAGCGUCGAGGCGUUUUCUUUUUUGUAGUUAAUUUUUCGAGUUUUGUUUUUGAAAACACACACAAAGCUUUAGGUCGCAGGCCGUGUCUUUGCAGUGGGCUCUCCGCUCGCGUUGUUUCGUGGCAGCUCCGCACUGUGUAGUCCAGGGAGUUUGUUCUUAGGCUUGUGGUUGUAGCGUUGUAGGGAUGCACCUUACCUGCCCUGCGGGAGGCCACUAGCACACCCCCCGACCGCACCAGGCACACCCUUGUUUCUUCCCCGCGCUUUGACUCACCCUCAAAGUCGGGACCUUGUAACAGAGAUUUUUUAACAGAUUUCAAAUCUAAAAAGGUUAUUAAAAAAAAAACAUGUUGCAACAUCACAACC